AUGUCUGGGGGAACACCUACGGGGGCAGGUGGUUUGAUGAGACAAAGACAUAGCCAGGGUUAUGCUAGUAGUGGUGAUGACUUGGAAGAUGAUGCAUGUUCGAGGCAGCGUUCUUUUCUGCCUCCAAGUCCUCCUCCGCCGAGGACAUGGAUCGAGAUGCUAGAGAAUUUUCUUUGGCUUGCUUCAGCUGUUUUUAUUAUAUACUACGGGGAUCAGCAUUCCAAUUUCAUAUAUCUCAUGUGCCAUGACGAUCGCAUUAGAAGACUGCCUUUAUAUCUUGGGAUGAUAGGUGUUGGUUUGAACGUAUUGAUUUUCGUUUACACAACUAUCUUGGCAUGGAGCGUUCGGAGGUUUGAUGAAAAAUGGGGAUUAAAGAAAUGGGAAAUAACAAGUAUCACAGUGUUGCCAUUCGCCACUGUAUUUGGAAUAAUCUCCUUUUGCUUAUUCUCCUUUGCUUUGUGGCCAAUUUGGAGUUUCUUGACAAUUCCUCUUCUGUUUACGCUAUUCAUGGCAUGCAUGGUAGUAAUCCCUUAUCUGAUAUUUGGGACUCUCCGGCCUCAGUAUGACGAACUCCGUACAGAUUAA